UGCAUGCCAUUUCAUAACAUUAUCAGUAUCAGUUAAUCAGUGGGGUUUAGAAUAAUAAUACGUGUUUAAUUAAGGACAAUUUGUUUGGAUGGGAAUGAGGUUAUUAACGAGUGUUGUUGGGGUUUCUCUUUUGCUGGUUUUGUGUGUUAAUGUUGUUGUCUCCGGGACAACGCUGGUUGAUGACCAGAAGUUUCUUCCUAGACCUCACUUUGGUUUGCCCAUUAGGAAAAGGUUUGGCCAUGGGUUCGGUCCGGGCGGGGGUCUUGGAGGCGGGGCCGGUGGUGGUCUUGGAGGAGGGGCUGGUGGCGGAUUAGGUGGUGGUGGUGGGUUUGGAGGAGGUGGAGGAGGUGGACUAGGAGGUGGUGCCGGUGCCGGUGCGGGUGGAGGCUUUGGAAAAGGAGGCGGUCUUGGCGGCGGUCUUGGUGGCGGAGCAGGUGGAGGUGGAGGGCUAGGAGGCGGAGGGGGAGCCGGUGGAGGAUUAGGGGGAGGAGCGGGUGGCGGAGCCGGGGCAGGCGGUGGAUUCGGAGGCGGUGGAGGUUUUGGUGGCGGAGGAGGCGGAGGAUUCGGGGGAGGAGGUGGGUUUGGUGGUGGUGCAGGCGGUGGAUUGGGAGGCGGACAUUGAUCGAUCAUCAAAUCUCCGGCGGCGGCCAUGCAACCCCUCAUAUUAUCAUAUUUUGUGUGUUCAAACUUCAAAUUAAUUAAAGUUGAGCAAUUCUUUAGGCCAAGCCAAACAUAUUGUGUAUCUUGAUUAAAGUGAUUAAUUAAGAAAUUAAACUGGUACUGAAUUAUUAAUCCAAGAUGAAAUGAUGUAUUAUUGGUACCGGUGGUCAUUAUUAUUGUUGUUGUAAAAAUUUAGAUCCAUAUUUAUUAACAGAGCCAGCUCCAUAUGUCUCUAUAUU